AUGGACCGUCGAGAAGUGGUGCUGGUCACGGGCUGCUCGAGUGGGCUGGGGCGCGCCCUCGCGGUGGCCCUGCACGAGUUCACCACGCCAGAUGGGUCCAACCCGUACAAGGUGUUUGCGAGCGCACGGAAGCCCGCCGACAUUGACAGCCUCAAGGAGACGGGCGUUGAUGCAGUGCAGCUGGACGUCACUGACGCCGGCUCCGUUGCGGCCGCCGUGUCCAGUAUCCGGCAGAAGGCAGGGAGAAUUGACGUGGUGGUGAACAACGCCGGGAUCCUUUCCGCUGGACCACUGGUGGAGAGCAGCAUGCAAAACCUGGAAAGGGCAAUGGACACAAAUCUGCUGGGAGCAAUGCGUGUCAUUCAAGCAGUAGUCCCUGAGAUGAUGGAGAGGAGGAAGGGAAUGAUCGUCAACAUUGGAAGUGUUGCUGGACACCUUGUCACCCCUUUUGCUGCCAUGUACCAUGCCUCGAAGGCGGCCCUGUUGGCCAUCAGCGAAUCUCUCAAGAUGGAACUAUCACCUUGGGAUAUCAAGGUCAUGUUGGUGGAGGCCGGGGCCUUCAAGAGCGCCCUCAGCGAGAAUUCUGCAGAUGCAGUCCAGACAUACUCAUCGAAAGAGUCACUUUACAGUCCCAUUGCCGAAAGCAUACGAGAUAGGGUGUUCAUGUCGCAAAGGGAUCCCAAGGUGAUGUCAGUUGAUGCAGUUGCACAGCAAAUAAUAGCAGCAAUGAGGAGGAAAAAUACGCCUUGGAGGGUACCUGUAGCGGGCAACUAUUGCAAGUUCAUGUUCUGGGCGUUUCUGCAAAAGUGGGUUGCUCCUGGCAUAGUAGACGGACUACUUCAGAACAAAUUUGGACUGACAAAGUUGGGGCAAAUCAUAAUGGGAGAGUCAUCACAGACCACUCAGGGCUCCAAGUCCGAAUGA